AUGGCCCCGCCAUCUAAGCCAAAGCUCGACGUCGCCGUCACCAAGCCAACACCCUAUACCUUCGAUCUCGGGCUCCUCCUCGCCAACGAUCCCAACCCGCUCUCCACAUCCGUCCCGGAAGAAGUCGACUCCAAUGCUCUAGAAGCACAGCUCGCCGCUACCGCCCGCGACGGUGCGCAAGCCCUCAUCAACCAGCUCCUAACGACACUCCCUCUUGCCGCCACCACAUCCGGCGUCUUACUCACCCUCCCUCGCCCAGCGACCCCUCUACCACGUGAGAAGCCGCUGCCAGCAGCCAAGCCCCCCACGAAAUGGGAGCAAUUCGCCGCGCGCAAGGGUAUCAAGCCCAAGACGCGCGAGCAGCGGCACGCCAAGUCCCAAAAGUACAACGAGGAGACAGGCGAAUGGGAGCGCACGUGGGGCUACGAUAAGGGUGGUGUUAAGAAGCGUCGUGAGGAAGGUAUGGUUCAGCAGGAUUGGCUCGUAGAGGUUGAUGAGAAGAAGGACCGCGAGGAAAAGGCUGCCAAGGAUAAGAAGAAGAGGAGAAAGGCUUGA